AAUUUGGGGCUUGAGAAAAGGGAGAGAUGCCUCACCGCCCAAACUACCCUUUUCUCUCUCUCCGCCCGACGCCAAGCCUCUAAUCGACGACUUCUCCCUCACCCGCAACGUCGGCGACCGAUGCCUCCUCGCUGGAUCCAACGGCGCCGGCAAAACCAUGAUCCUCAGGAUUCUCGGAGGCAAGCACAUGGUCGACCCCAGCAUGGUCCGGGUUCUGGGUCGCUCGGCUUUCCACGACACCGCUCUCACCGGCUUCGGCGACCUGUCGUACCUAGGCGGAGAGUGGCGGCGUGACGUGGCGUUUGCUGGUUUCGACGUUCCGAUACAGAUGAAUGUUCCGGCUGAUAAAUUGAUCAAUAGGGUAGCUGGGAUUGACCCACAAAGGAGAGCUGAGCUGAUCAAGGUGCUUCUGCUUGAUGAGAUCACGGUGGACCUUGAUGUGCUAGCGAGGGCGGACCUGCUCCAGUUCUUGAGGAAGGAAUGUGAGGAGCGAGGUGCUAUGAUCGUUUCUCAAGCCCCAAAUUGGAGAGAGUCUGAGACUCGGAUCGGAGGGGGAGAGAGAGAGAAGGGUAGUUUUGGAAGAUAAAUAUAGUGAAUGAUAAGAAAUAUUAAAAAAAGGUGAAGGGUGUGUAGAAUGUAAAAGGGGGUGUGCAAAUUUCACCCCCCUAAAAAUUAUUUACAAUGAUAUCAUGGUAAGAUAAAAAAAUACAUAAUAUAAAAAAAUUAAGAAGUGGGCGACAAGGAAAUUUUCAUAUUUUUCUCUCCUUCACCAAUAACACGUAUAUCGCACACGGGUAUGAAGUUAGUAAUAAUAAUAGAGGCCAAACAUGUAUUGUCACAUGCUUCUUUAUAUAAUUGUGGAGGUCUGUUUUUUUUUUGUAAACAUAUAUGGAGAUCUUCUCUGUUUACUUCCUUUUAGGUCCGACCGAACG